GGCGCCCGCAGACGCUGGACUACAUGACAGUCUGGCCCUCUUUGGCUUCUAGUGUCUUGUCCUUAUGUCCCCUCCCUUUUGCUUGGGCCUUGCCCCCCAAUUGGGCUGUUUGUGAGCCCACACUGUUGCCCAUUGGGUUUUGUUCACAAUACCCCCAACACUACCUAUACUUUUAUAUUUUACAUUUUGGUACCUAAAAUUUAUUUUUUGCACGAAAAUUAUCAUUGGAAAAUUACGUCUUGGUAUCUUCAAUUUUACAUUAUCACAUUUUAGUGCCUAAACUUUUCAAAUUUACAUCUUGGUCUUUUGGAGUCAUGGAUCAAUCCACCAAUCCAUAUCAUCCAAUCCAUUAAUCCACCAAUCCAUUUAAAUCCAAUCCAUUAAUCCACCAAUCCAUUUAAUCAAAUCCAUAUAACCCACCAAUCCAUUUGAUCCAAUCUACCAAUUCAUGGAUCCAAUCUAUUUGCCACCUCUAGAUUAAACCAAUCUUUUAGACCUAUUCGUUCUCACGUUUUUUCGUUUCUCAAUACCAUAUUUUCGGUUCAAACAUGAGUUGGCUCGACCAUUGCGGUGUGCCAGGAAACGAAUGCCUGACCUAUAUCUGUAUAGCGGUGGCUUUCGCACAUUUUCUCUGUUUAAUUGUUACGUCAUACAUUUAACGGUCAACUAUGAAGGGCUUUCUUCUUUCAAAAGUACUGGGUUACCGUUGGUGACGAUGUGGUGCAAACUGUGAAGGGCAUAAUUGAGAGGGUUGAGAUGCCCAAUGAUCUAAACCACACGACCGUAAGAAAGAGAUCUUUGAGGAAAUAAAGGAAAGAACCAAGGAAAAGCUGAACGGUUGGAAAGAGCGCAAAAUUUCUAUGGUGGCUCGGGAGGUGUUGAUCAAGUCUGUGGCGCAGGCUCAAUUCUCGUACGAGAUGUCGGUGUUUAAAUUUCUUAAUGUUACGAUUGACGAAGUUCAUAGCCUAAUUAUGAAUUUCUAGUGGGGUCAGAAAGGUGAGGAAAGACGAGCCCACAGUCCAAGAAGGGAAGAAAUGGUCAGCCCCAAGGAGGAAGAUGAAAUGGGGUUCAGGGAUUUGAAAAAAUUCAAUAAGGCUAUGCGAGCCAAACAACUGUGGAAUUUGAUGUAGAGAUCGGACUCCUUGAUAGCAAGAAUUCUCAAAGAGAAGUACCAUAAGAGGACACCAAUUAUAGAUGCUACUGUUGGUUACCGCCCGAGUUUCAUUUGCCGUAGUCUCCUCGCUGCGCAGGACUAAGCACCAGUUUGUUACAUCCACACCGAUGGGGCUCCCGUUGGAUGCAUACGUUAAGGAGCCAAUAGAUCCUGACACAGGUACGUGGGACGAUGUUCUGCUGGAGGCCUGCUUUCCUUCGGCUGUAGCAGCUGCCAUUCGCCAAAUUCCUUUGCGCGGAUAUGGCGAAGUUGAUAUGGCACGCGAGUAGUACAUGCGCAUACACUGUGAAAGAGGGGUAUAGGCGUUGGCUCACUGGAUUUAAAGCUGAGCAUGGAGUAAUGGCAGUGGGGGAAGUGAAACUUUGGAAACAACUGUGGCGCCUUGAAGUCCAACUGAAGGUCCGACACUUUAUGUGGCACUUUGCCAGGGAGAUUGUCCCUACAGGCGUGGUGGUCAGCCACCGAAAUCCAAGAUGGAGCGAAAACUGCCCCUUUUGUAAUCAACGCGAAACUCAGUCCCACUUCUUCUCCGAGUGUGAGUGGACGUCCAUAGUUUGGCAAAAAACGGAAGCGCCUGGUUUGUUCGAGGCGAAGGGAAGUAACUCGUAUCAAGUGUGGUGUGUGACCGUUUUGGAAAUGGGAAAGAAGGAAAAGGUUGAGGAAUGGUGUGUACUUCUUUGGUAUCUCUGGAAUGAGAGGAACACUCAUUUAUUAGAUGGAGCUAAACUGUCCUAAGAGGAGAUACCAUUGUGUGUAAACCUUUUGCUAGCGGAGUACAAACAACACUAAUGGACUGAGGUUAUCCCUGACUCCUGCCCAACGAAGAGCCCAUGGAGGAAACCGCCUACGGGCUGCACCUAUUUCCGCACCGAAGCAAGUCUUCUGGAUGGUGGGGGAGCGGGACUUGGGGUGGUGAUAAGAGACUCUAAUGGAGUUUUCUUGCUGACAGUUGCGAAAAGGAUACAAGGGGUGUGGUAGGCGGAGGCAGCAGAUGCACUGGAGGCAGAGAUGGGGGCACAACUUGCCUAUUUCCACUACCACACUAUCAUCCUUGAGACGAACUGCAUGACGUUAACCCACAAACUAGCUUCUUUGGAGACUUUACAGGACGAGAUGGGGGUGGUAUGUCGAGGGUAAAAUACCUAGGGUACCACUUAAGUUUGAGAAUUGGGGUAGACAUACCACUUAACUUUGAAUAGGGCGUUGGGUACCAUUAAAGUCACCAAAAGGUGCAUCCGUCUAGUUUUCCAUCCAACCCAAAAGUUCAACUGCCUUUUGGUACCCAAAACUAUUAAAAACAUCCAAAACUAUAUUUCAACAAGUAUUAACUAAUAAUAAUUAUAAAACCUUCUAAACAUAGUAUUACUAGAAUGACUAAUGAAUUUUUUCCCGAUAAAAUAGAUAAAUUAGUAAAAAUAAUAAACAAAUAUAAAAAUAGAAUAAUAAAUGUACUAAAAGGUUAUAAAAAGAUUUAAAAUAAUUAUUAGAAUAUAUAUAUUUAAACUCCUAAUACAAUUAAAAGCAACACUAAAAAUAUAUAAAUAAUUAAACAUAUUCCAGUAAUAAAAAAAAUAAAAAUAUAGCCUAUAGGAAGAGAAUUAUAAUUAGUAAAUUAACUAAUAUGGAACAUUUAUAAUUUAAUAUUAGAGAAUUAUAAGGAAAUUUAACAUGAAAAAUUUGAAACAUCAUCAUGAUGUAAGAGAACUAAAUAUAACAUCCUUAGAUUAUCUAUAUUGAGAAAGAAUUCAUAGGAUGUAUUUGCUUCAGGAAAAAAAUUCAAUUAUUACAACACAUAUGAUUGAAAAUACUUAUAAUGACAAUUGAUUCUAAAUUUUAUAUUAAAAAAUUGGUUUGGUAUUAGAGUAUUCACAAGAGUAUUCCAACAAAAAAUGAUGUUUUUUCAUCAGUCCAAAUGAUUAUUUACUUUUAGAAAAGUAGAAUGACCAAUUCUGAAAUUUAGAAAACAGAAUAUUCCAAGAAUAUUCUGUCAACUUUAACCGAGUGCACUUAACAGUAAACUUAAGUGGUACCACGUGCACAUAUAAUAAAGUUCAGUGGUAUCCGAAUCAGACGCCCUAUUCAAAUUUAAGUGGUAUGUCUACCCCAAUUCUAAAAGUUAAGUGGUAACCAAGGUAUUUUACUCGAUAUGUCAAAGUACUAAAAGACUUUUGAAUGC